AUGCAAUCUGUCCAAUACCCUGUCGAUCUCCAAAGAUACGCUUUCGCAUCCCGGAAGUUGCGCGUCGUUUGCAUCGGGGCUGGUAUUUCCGGCCUGAACCUCGCCUACAAGCUCCAGCACGAAGCCCCGCUUGAUUUUGUUGACUUUGUGAUAUACGAGAAAAACCCGGAGGUGGGAGGCACAUGGUUCGAGAAUAUCUAUCCAGGAGUCGGGUGCGAUGUACCCGCCCAUAGUUACGUCUUUCCAUUCAAGGCAAACCCCGAGUGGUCGCAGUGUUAUGCUGGGGGACCAGAGAUUGAGAAGUAUAUUCUUGAUACCGUGGAAGAGUUCGAUUUAAAGAAGCACAUUAUAUUCAACACGCGCUUGACAGAAGCAAUCUGGGAUGAAGCCAAGGGGAAGUGGAAUCUCAAGCUAGUACAGAAUCAUGAAAACAACGACAAUUCAACGGAUGCCUCGCUGAGUGAUGAAGCAGAUAUUCUGCUUAAUGCAAGUGGUAUCCUGAAUCAAUGGAAGUGGCCAGAGAUUGACGGGUUGUUGGAUAUGUAUCAGGGAAAGUUGAUACAUACGGCAGCAUGGGAUAGGAGCUACGACUGGACAGGCAAGAGAAUUGCGGUGAUUGGGAAUGGUUCCUCAGGAUUGCAGAUCAUACCAGCACUGCAGCCCAAGGCAGCACGAAUUGUGAAUUUUAUCCGGCAACCGACCUGGGUCUCGACCAAUUUGUGUCCCGAUAUUACGCCAGAUGGAAUGGGAACCAAUUUCGAAUAUACUGAGGAGGAGAGGAGCCGGUUCCGUAAUGAUCCUGCGGCAUUCCUCGCGUACAGAAAGCAGGUUGAGUGCUCUGUUAACAGUGUGUAUAAACUAAUGCUUGCCGGAACUGAGCCCAAUGAAUCACUGAAGAAAAUUGUUGAAUCAAUCAUGCGGCAACGUCUAGGUAAUAAUCCGGAACUUAUCGAUAAACUCAUUCCCAAAACCUCAAUUGGAUGCCGGCGUCUCAGUCCGGGUGACGGCUAUCUUGAAGCUAUGCAACAGCCCAAUGCAGCAUGGAACUUUGAUGUCAUCCAAUCGGUUACAGAGACUGGGAUUCAGACUACAGAAGGGAAAGAGGAAUUUGAUCUUAUCGUUUGUGCUACGGGGUUCAACACGAGCUUUAUUCCUACCUGGAAGCUGGUGGGUCGGGGCGGUCGACAGUUGUCUGAAGAGUGGAAGGAUACCCCCGAAGCAUACUUCUCUGCCUGUGCAGCUGGUAUGCCAAACUAUUUCAUCUUUGCAGGCCCGAAUUGCUGCAUUGGACAUGGGUCUGUGCCGCAAAUGCUUGCCUGGACAGCAGAUUAUAUCCUGCAAUGGAUUCAGAAGAUUGCACGAGAGGAUCUUCACUCGAUUGUGGUUAAGGACAGUAUACUCAGGCAGUAUAAUAGCCGUGCGCAGGCGGCCCUCCGAAACACUGUCUGGGCGACUGGGUGUCAGGCCUGGUACAACAAUGGAACGACCAAGGUCACGGCUAUGUAUCCAGGAAAAGCUAUCUCUUAUAUCCGUGGCGAAGAUUUCGACAUCAAAUAUCGAACCUCAGAUCCCUUUGCAUAUCUUGGGAAUGGCGAGCUGGAGUGGGAGCGAGCAGAAGAUGCUGAUCUGGCUUUCUACUUGAAGUAG